GUUGGUGUAGUGGGAUUUGAGUCUGUAUUAUAAAAAGCUACAUUUCUCACCACCACCCAAUCUCUCUCUCUCUUGAAGUAGACUCUAAGCUAAAGCCACCGUCAGAUUUCAGAUCUCAGAUCUCAGCUCUUCAUUCGAAGCCAUGGCCGAGAAGGGGAAGGAAAAGGUAACUAUGAUGAAGUUGAAGGUGGAUCUUGAUUGUGCCAAGUGUUACAAGAAAGUGAAGAAGGUUCUUUGCAAAUUCCCUCAAAUAAGAGACCAAUUGUUCGAUGAAAAGUCCAACAUUGUCAUCAUCAAAGUGGUUUGCUGCAGUCCUGAGAAGAUCAUGGACAAACUCUGUUCCAAAGGCGGCGGCUCCAUAAAGACCAUCGAGAUCGUCGAGCCACCCAAGCCUCCUCAGCCACAAGCCCAACAACCACCUCCCCAGAAACCUAAAGAUGCUCAGCCUAAAGCUCCUGAGAAGCCUAAGGAACCUGAAAAGCCCAAGCAGCCUGAAAAGCCCAAAGAACCCGAAAAGCCGAAACAGCCCGAAAAGCCCAAAGAACCCGCUCCAGCACCCGCAGCCAAACCCGCACCCGCUCCCGGCCCUGCGCCAGCACCCGGUCCUGCCCCGAAGCAGCCGGGACCGCCUGUGGCGAUCCCGAUGAUGCCGCAAGGGCAGCCAGCAAUGUGUUGUGGACCCUACUACGACGGAUACGGAGGGCCAUCGUUCAAUGGAUAUGGAAUGCCGCCGCCGCAGCCUUACGAGUGCUAUGGCCGACCAGUCUACGAGAGCUGGGGUGGGGGCUGCCCACCACCACCUGCUUAUAGACAUUGCCACGUCACUAGAUGUGAUUACUUCAGCGAAGAGAAUCCACAGAGCUGUUCCAUCAUGUGAAUUGACUUCUUUAUCUUUAAAUCCUUAUUUUUCCUUUAAUCUUUUUUUCUUAUACAAAUAAUAAUUAAAAAAAAUAUAUAGAGAGAUGUUUACGUGUAAUGUUGUGAUUAUGAGAACCAAUAAGGAAGGAAGGAUCGUUGUAUUUUGUAACUGUAAAACACUUAAAAAGAAAAUUGUUUCAUUUUCUUCUUUAUAUGAACCAAUAAUAGUACUACUGUAUUUCGCUUUA